AUGGUAUCGACAGGUGCGUGUGUUCUUCUUUUUAUUUUUUGUCUGGCCACCCGAAUAAGGACGCGUGGGUGGCAUUGAGACCAGGUGUACUAUCUGUCGCAGCAAUAAAAUAACGAUUUUCGGAAAAGUGCAUUCGCUCGUACUCUCUGCGUUCUUUCUAAAUAAAAAUGAAACGAUUCAGAACCAAAAGAACCACCGUCGCGGAGGGAAAUAAUGCUUCGGGAGCUCAUGAUGAUGAGUUGUGACAUCAUGACAGUAGCAACUCGAAGCUUCCAAAUUAGUGAAGAGGAAGACACGGACUUCUUCACUCUGGUCGUUCACAAACUUUUCGAUCUGAUAGAAGUAAGAGACAAGACUCUGGGGGCUGGAAAAAGGGUAUUCACAGGGAUGGGUUCAAGACGGUCGAAAAGAAGAAGAGGCUCGCGACUUCACACUUCUGUGGAAGAAUGUCAAGUGGACUACCAAAAUGUCAUUCCGGUAAAUGCAAUAAUCGCAUAGCAAACAAACUGGGAAAAUGUUUUUAGCACUGGCGACUCGAACGGAAUGGUCCCGGGAACCAGCACUGACGACACCAAUCCAAGCAUCAUGAAGUUCUCCUUGAACUAUCUCAAAUCAGAAUUGGGACCACUGCACAUGAGAAUGAUUGAGGACGAGAACUCGCGGAAGCACGUUCACUGCGCUCACAUGUGCCAGCACAUGCACCAUAGGCACAGACAUGUCCACAACCACCCUAACUACAAUCCGAGGUUCUUUUGUUCGAAAUUGUCAAAUUUCACGUGCAAUUUACAGACCAAAUACACGCAACGUUCACGACGAGAAACGAGAGGCAAAAGCUCUACAACUUUUCGAGACCCUGUAAUAUUAUUUCUGAAUAUUAUUCCCAUUUAUCAGAACCUUUUCAGUGUCCGUCGUAACAAACUUCGUGAGGAAGAAGAAGCAAUGAAAAAACUGCUGUCAGAGCCAUCCACAUCAAAGGAAUCCACGUCGCACGCAUACACAUCGAAGGCCUCCGCACCGGAAAAGUCUCUGCCGGAAAACACACCGAGAAAGUCAAAAUCAAAAAAGUCAAAGUCGAAAAAGUCAAAAUCCAAAAAGAAAUAAAACUUAUAUCUUACACUCCGAUCAUCUGAUGAGCUUCUUUGUAUCCUUUUGUAUACCCAUUACUUAACAUUUCUACUUCAGUACCGUCUUCCUCAGUACUCAAAUAAAUGUUUUACACCUUGAAAAUUCGUUGAAACAGGCUGAUCAAAGAACCAGCAAACAUAUUUCUAAAAACAACUACCGUAUCUCUGUCGGUCUUCCUGUAUUUCCCACCCAAAUUCCUUCUCAAUCAUAUCAUAAAAGGCAAUCUCUCCUCUCUUCAAUGAUCUCUUUUCUUCCAGUUUGGUGUCAGCUACAGUCCGUUCAUCACGUAUCUCAGAAAGUUUUUGUGAAAUGAGUAGAUAGAUGGUCGUUGUUCCUUCUUCUCAUAGUCUCCGUUUCUCAUCUACCGUAAUAAAGUGAUGACUAUGGAAGAAGUGAAACCGGUUUCCUGGUAAGUCUUCGCUGCCCUUUUUGUCGUCGACAGGAAAAGAACCGUAAAGAUAAGAAGAGAAGAGCGCGAUAACAAAUCACCCACACUGUGUGCAAGGAGAAAAAAAAAGUCAUAUGAACCUCCGAUUUGGCGACGUGGAUUCUUCUCGCCGCGGUGAUAUGGAAAGGUGGGGGAAAAGCGUCGGCCGUUGCUAUAAAUGAUAUAAAUAUAAAUGCUAUAAUAAAAUUGCUAUAAACCUUUGAUUAAUGAUCAUAUCACACAGAAAGGAAAUUCAAAUGUGUUUGUCGAAAGUGAAUCAUUGUAGGGGCCAUCGAACAACCAACGCCGUCAGACUUUCCUCCUCCAAUCAUCCGUACCAACUGCCGUCAUGUGACCCUCAAGUGUGUCAAUGCCGUCGUGCGAGAACGCUUGGCAAAUGAACGGAGAAACCUCUUGCGGAGAGGACGAACGCCAUCCGCGCGGGGCGAGCACAGCCCUCCUAGCCCGUAUUGUCGACCACGCACUGCUUUGCCGGCCGCGGUUUUCUUUUCGUCUGCAUGAUAUAUCGACUGCUUUGAACACCGCUCUGUCACUUACUACUUAGCCGACUCAUUUUUCAGUAAAGAAAUUGUGACCGCCGCAUGCAGAAUUACUAAAUGACUCGAAGACCUUUUAGUGUUAUGGGAUAGGCAAUUGACGGGCAAAAAAGAUUAGACGGUUAAUAUAUAAACGUUUGGCAUAACUACUUUUCUACUGUUUGGCAGAGUUAACUUUCUUUCAAACAUUGUUUAUUUCAGAAUGGUGAGUCCGAAACCAGUCGAACCGGAGGAGGAGAAACGACCAAAAAUGACUGUGAAGAAGGAGCGGAAGAAGAAGCGAGGCGAGACGGUGGCCGAUCGACUGCUCGCGUCCGCCAGGCUAAUGGAGCAGAUGAGAAUCGCUGAAGCGGCGGCUACAGCUAAGAAACAGAAAAAACCAUCGGAAACUGUGAAAGAGCAGUCGACGGAGCCGGCGGAGGGACCGAAGAAACUGACGAUGUCGGAAAAAGUGGGGAAAGGUGAGCAUCUCGUGGUAUAAACCAUAGUUGAACCAUAGUUGGCCCGGCUAUUACUGAUUAUGUGUAGGAAAAUGUUUCAAAGAAAACCUCCUGUAAAAUUAGAAGAUUUUUGAGCAGAAUUGGUCUUUUCUGGAACAUAAAAACAAAGAAACGCCCUUUUCCAAUAAUAGUUAACGAAAUAUGAGCCGACGGAAAUGUUCCCAAGAAACUAUGGUUUAAACAAACGAUCGAAACAGUCAAUUUUAAGCAACUCAUGAAAUCGACGAUUUAUCCGCGCUGGAGUGGGAAACAUCCUCCGAACAAAGCGGUCUCUGA